AACACUUUCUAACACAUGCAACUCAAAAUGAAGCAAAGUUUGUCCAAACUAUUUUUGCUUGUUUGCCUAUCCAUCGCACGCAACUGUGGAAUGAUGAUAAGAAACAAUGCGCUUAUGACCAAAAUGGUUUCGGAUUUUCACGCCCCGAAAGCGCAUACAGUCAAAAUAAUGCGGAACGUGCUUUGCAAGCACUUUCCCACCAUCCCAUGCGAACUCAUCACCAAAGACAACGCGCUCAGAAAUUUAGUUCAGCUAGCCAUAAGACUACUGAAUGAAAAGCAGCGAAACCUUCUAAAUGUAACCACAAGUACCACAACGACCGAAGAACCGACUAAAUUCCCAGUUGUUAACAGCGAUGAACUAUCCCAGUAUCUGGCAGUGGAAAACACGGGCUACUUCACUGAAAACAACGAGCGGCGUAUUAACACACCUAAAACCGCAUGGUCGAAAAACGUGGACGAGGGAGCGCAACGAAAGGGAGUUUUUCCCAGUCGUAAGGCCAUUAAGAAGUACUUUCCACACAAAAUCAAAUAUAAGGAUAGAAACGAGAUAAGUGAAAUCGACAAAUCUCGGGAAAAGAUGUCAAAUUCUGAAGAAUUACCUAGACUGGAUAUAGAGAAAUACGACCAUUUCAACUAUAAGAAGCCUAGUAACAUGCCAAUGUGGCAGAUAGAUUACACGAAGCACGGGGAUCCCAAGAUUAAUUUUAGUCAAGAAUCAGACCAGCUCAGAGGCAAGCUCGUGAAGACCGGUUCAGACACAGAGAAUACAGUUCUCGAUACAUCCACAGGAAGACCAGCGGUGCAACUCUUCACAGAGUUAUUCAAGCAAAAGGGAGAUUCGUGGGUAUCGUGGCACAACACCGUGACAACAGGCGAUGGAAGGAUCCAGUUUCCCUUCACCAAGGACUCCAUGAGUGCAGGAACUUACAAAUUGAAAUUCAACGUGGGAGAUUAUUACACAAGGAACGAGAAAGAAACGCUUUAUCCGUAUGUAGAGAUUGUCUUCGAAGUGAAAGAAAACGAACAUUACCACAUUCCACUGCUGCUCAGUCCCUAUGGUUAUUCCACAUACAGGGGAAGCUAAUAAUUUUACGGAAAGUACUUUCGACCCUUUCGAUCGGAAGCCUAAUUUCAUUACCAAAGCUCCGGGGAAACUUAGCACGUCAUUAUAAUUAAUAAAUAAUCGCUUUUUUCGUUCCUCAUAUAUCCUAUUGUGUCCAGUAUUCACAUCGAUUUAAAAAGUACCUAAUUUUAUGGUAGAUGGUGGCUACAUCACCUGUCACUCAUCUUUGGCCUAUUUACAGAUUGAUUAGUGCGAAUUUAUAAAUUUGCCACUAAACACAAGUAGCAAAUGUAUGAACUCGCACUAAGCACUAAUCAAUGUGUAAAUAUAGGCCCUUGUAUUGCACAAAGAAAUCUUCGUUGCACCGCACGACAUUAUCGUGAGGUAAGGACCCGUUAAAUUAGGGUUAAUAAUUUCACUGUUUCCAUGUAAAAUCAAACUAAACGUUUUGCAACAACGUCAAACUCGGUUUUUUUUUUACUCUUCAGUCUCUUUUCGCGAAAAUGCCUUACCGCGCUAAGAGAACUCGGACCUUUCUUCCCUCAUCCCGUAAAUAAAUAAAACAAUUUUGUAACCAAAUGUUGUAUAAUUUAUAUUUGUACAUGGUCUAUUUUAAUCUAUCUACGGAGCGUUAGAAACCUGACGGCUAUGAUUUAAAUUUGCAGUUCAUUUAGUACAAGAACAAUCCGCUAGGAGCGCAUAAGGCAAGCCGAUGAUGCUAGCGCCACUU